CGUCGUCGCUCUUGUAUAGUUUUGCUUCUGAUUUGCAGUCCGAGACCAUAUGAGCUAAAACCAGGUUGUAACGGUAACGUUAGCUAACCUAGUUAGCUGAACUAUCUGGGGACUAAAGCCGUUUUGAUUUGAAGUCUGCACUCAUGUCGGGCAGGAGCAACGGCGUGGAGUGGGUCGAGACUACCGAGGAGGUUGUAACAGAGGAGUGCCUGCCCCCUGAAAACAACAGCCCUGCAGUGAUGCCGGUUUUAGAGCCAACAGAAACGCCAAUCCAGAGGUUACUGGAAACUGUGGGACAUGGAGAUAACCCAGAGGCUGAUGAUGGCUUUUAUUGUGUGGAGUGUCUGACUCUCUUCCAGGACCAGAGUGACCCCGCUAACAUUAACGGCCCAUCUUUUAUUCUGGACUUUCCAACGAGCAUGGGCGUCCCCCAGAGGGCCCUCCUGACUCUUCCCUAUGGCCUGAUGAUAGGCAGAUCCAGUAUUCCCAGUGCAGGCGUUGGGGUCGUGAAUCAUGGACCGACAGUGUCUCCAGGAAUGCAUUUUGGACCAUACGAAGGUGAAGUGACCACAAGGGAGAACGCCAUGGCGAGUGACUUCUCCUGGGAGAUUUACAAUGGAAAAGACGAGUACGAGUACAUGGAUGCUGCCAGAGAAUCACACUCAAACUGGAUGAGGUACGUGAAUUGUGCUCGUAAUAAAGAAGAGACCAAUUUGCUGGCAGUCCAGUACAAAGGCAGCCUCCUGUUCCACUGCUGUCGUACCAUCCAGCCUGGAGAUGAGCUCAUGGUGUGGCCCAGCAGCAAACUUCUCACCCACUUUAGUGACGCUUGGACCCAGGUGUGGUUGAUGAAGUUGAAUGCAGCAGGGAGUAAUACAUCUGCGACAUCUCAGAUCUUCCUGUGCUCCCACUGUCAGCUGUCGUUCACUACAGAGGCCUUCCUCCAGCGACAUAUACAGUCCUUCCACAUACAGCUCAAAGCGGACUGCACUACACCAGCUGCUGAGGCAGUCGAACCUGAGAAUCCAGCUUCCAGCGCUGACUCAGGUGACUCUGCAGCGUCCAUGGUGGUGUUAUCUGUUGACCCUGUCAAGUCUAACACGUGUGGUGAUUGCGGCAAGAUUUUCAAGCAAAUACCUCACCUGAGGAGGCACAAGCUGUGUGUCCACUCAAACAAACGCCCCUACUGCUGCCCACAGUGCAGGCGGAGUUUCAGCCAGGCGUCUGGUUUAAUCAGACACCAGCUAGUUCACAGAAAGCAGGCUGUGAUGAAAGAGACCGACAUCGUUCCUAAUCAGAGCACAAUCCUCAGUGAGAAGACGGAGAGCUCGACCCUGACGUCAGAACUUUUGAACGCUGCAGAUCCAGAUGUAACUGAGGAAACAAGAGAAAUGAAUGCAAGUGAGACUCUGCAAGAAGCUAUGGAUGUAACUGAAACUGAGAAUACGUCCGCAGGAGAGGCUGAGACGUGUCAGUCCAACUGCCCUGACUGCGGGAAGAGCUUCACAAAUGAAGCGUCCCUCAAAAAGCAUAAGGUGACCGUCCAUGACAGGCUACGUCCGUACGUCUGCACGGUGUGUCAGAAGUGCUUUGGCCAGUACAGCGACCUGACCAGGCACCUGCAGCGUCAUCAAAAGCAGGGCAAAAGGGGAGAAAGCAUGGAUCAGGCCCCAGAGGAAGCUACCAGCAUGCCCUUCAGCUGCGCUGAGUGUUCUCUGGCUUUUCCUUCAGUGGACACCCUUCAGCUGCACAUAAGUGAGCAUCACUCAGAGGAGACCACGGUGGAAAAUCAAGAUGAUCCACGUCCUGCUGGCGAUGAUCAGAGCCACGAUCCGGACUUCAUUCCACAACCCUCAGCGGCUCAAACAGUUGAAUCUGUCCAAAAACGUCCCUCUCAGAGGCCUCAGCGACUUGGAGCCAGAUCUAAAAUUUCUGCCAUAACCAAGCUCAUAGCUCCAAAGCGAAGGGCGGCCAUCUGCAAGAAGCCAUUAAGCAGCCCCGCUCAGGCUGAGAGGAGCUCCACCGAACCGGAGGCACCUGCUGCCAGAAACGGCAAGCUAACAAAAUACAAGUGGUUCAGCUGCAAUCGCUGUAAACGAACGUACGCAAACCCAGAUGAGCUCAAAGCUCACAAGUGCGCUUUGAGGCAGCACAAGUGUGGUCAGUGUGGGGCGACCUUUAACAAGUCCGGCUUCCUGAAAAGACACGAGCAGACGGCGCACGUGGAUGCAAAAUCUUACAGCUGCGACCGCUGCGGUAAAGCCUUCAGUACAUCAGGCAACCUUAAACAGCAUCAGAAGAGCAACACCUGCAUGAAGUACCACUGCACAUCAGAGCUUUUCUCAUGCUCCUUUUGCCAGUUCUCCUUCACUAUGAAGAGCUACCUUAUUAAACACAUCAAGAGGCACCACCCUGUCGAGUAUCUGUCCCACUGCGAUUCAGACAGCCUCAUGGAUCAGCUGGAGGAAGAGGAGGGGGAUAAAGAAUGCACAUGCCCCCAUUGUGGGAAGAGCUGUGCAAGCGCCAGAGCUCUGAAGUCUCACGCGUGCUUCCAGCAGGUGAACGUACUGUACCUGUGCACAGACUGCGGGAAGGGCUUCACAAACCACUAUGGUCUCAAGCAGCACCAGCGCAUUCACACAGGCGAGAAGCCGUACAUCUGCCCCCACUGCAGCAAAAGCUUCUCUUACACCGGCCAGCUCAACGUGCACCUCAGGACUCACACCGGGGAGAAGCCGUACCUGUGCACCCACUGCGGGGAGAGCUUUCGGCAGUCGGGAGACCUGAAGCGGCACGAGAGGAAGCACACGGGGGUGAGGCCCUACAGCUGCCCCGAGUGCUGUAAGAGCUUCAGCCGGCCGCAGAGCCUCAAAGCUCACCAGAUGCUUCACCUGGGACAGAAAAUGUUCAAAUGCACCCAGUGCGGGAAGAGCUUCUCCCGGAACUAUCACCUCAGGAGACACCAUCAGAAGAUGCACUUGUAGUCACAUGUUGAAGACUCUGGAAACACUGUAGAAGAGCACAGUGUAAACAGAAUUGCACUAAAUGGUCAAGUACUUUCAGUGAAUGUUUGAAUGUCCCGUCCUUUAUUUUAACUUAAGUUUGUUUAAAGCUGAAGCGUUUCAUACCCCAAAAAAGUGUAUUUUUAUGUUAAGAAUUUUCAGUGUGAAAGAAAGAAGCAAAAGUCACAUUUCAUUAACUCCAUCUGCGAUAAAAAAUGUAAAGGAACUCGCCAGUCACAUAAACAAAUGCUUUGAUUUACAGUAAAAACGACCAACUUGACCAUCACUGUUGACCAUUUAUUCCACAAAACAUACAAUGCAAAGCAUGUGCACUGUACAAGCCUUAAUAUUAUGAAAAUACUCAUAAC